CCGAUGUAUCUAAGUAGGCCAGAAUGCGCGUUUUGGACAGAAAUCUGAGAUAUUUUCUCUGGCAUUUCCUUCCCCAGUGUCACGCAGGCGGGACAGGUGUGUGUUUUUUACGGGCAGGGAGAUAGCAAACAUUGCCAUGAGUCAGACGAUUUAAACAGGACUGGAGAUGUCAAGGCGAUUGCCUCAGACAGCCUCUAGAAGCAGCCCAGCCGACGGCACAUGCAAUGAGGGCUACGCGCAGUCAGGAGUAAUUAUUAUCAACUAACAAUGACGCAACUAGAUCGGUGUGGUUGACGGAAUUUAGCCUAACGGGUGGGAUAUGACACGAUCCCCACAUAUAAGCCAAUGAAGACCAGCGGUUUAUUACCUAGGUUUGUCCUUUAAUUAUGACAUCAGUGAUUGUGCUAUUUUGAUACUGGUAUUAAUUCCGGUGUGGCGGUGUGCAGCGUUCAAGGAAUAUUAUAUCAGGGCAAGCUUAUCAUCAUUUCCGAUUGGUAUAAACUUAGUUCGCGAUCUGCUGAUCUUCAUAAGCCAUUGAUCGCAUCCGUCCUGUAAGUACGUAUGUACACACAACGUGUUCAAGCUGACUUAACGGCAACGAGACAACCUGUUGAAGGGCUGCACCAGACAGUAAAUCACCCAUGACGAGACGUUUUUAAGGGGCUCCAAACUCCGCUAUUUUACCUGGCUGUCACUUGGAUAUAACAUAGUGUCACAGCAGUUCCUAGCUGUGGAAGUUUUAAGGCUUUAUCUUUUCGCCCUGUCUGACAAACACAAAUGCGCGGGCGUGACUGAAUUGUUAACUGAUUCAAUCGAGUGUGAAAGACCUACCUAUAACAGGAGCGUUUGACGAACUCUUGUCAGAAGACAUAUACCUGUUGGUUAUUUCACCAGUGCUUAUUUACCCAGCCAUUAGUUAAGAACUCAACUCUGUUCUGCUGUUGCGGACGAUACACUGAAACUCGUAUGUCCUGAUCGAAUUAGGACGGACAAUGGCCCCGAAAACAACUGUCAUAGAGUUCCUUGUAUUUGGCACGGUGUGGGCGUGUAUAGCUAUAAGCGCGAAUCCAGUCGACAACAGCGGUGCCUGUGCCCGCGCACUGCAAACCACAUGUCGUGAAGAGGUGGUCCUCUUAAAUGAACCUCACAGCGGAAACAGAAAUGCCUCUUGCAAGUAUUUGUCAGCGGCCAUUGCUUGCAUUGCGUGCAAAGUGCAAAACUGCUCGCACAUGGGCGAAACGCUUUUACAGCAAUUCAACUACUGUCGCCCGAAUAUCACCAGCCUAAUACUGCUACAGGGAAAGCAAAAGGCCAUAGAAAUCUGCUUACUUAUGACAACAACAACAACAACAAAAGCUAUGCCUGUUACAUCAAAACCGCCCACAACGACAACACAAGCCCAUUCAUCGGGAAAACAGAUCCAAGAUCAAGAUUACACUGGAUCAAGCUCUGUUUCAAGGGCGAGUACGUGGGUUGUGAUCAUGGCAGGAUUGUUGGUUCUAGUGGCAGAGUGGAGGUAGUCUCUGGUGAUACCACCCAAUCAGGUCUCAGAAAGCGCUAAGAAUAGAAACCAAAAAUACAUAUAUCGAUGACUAUUGUGUCAAACACAGGAUGACCUCAUCAGCUUAUAUCCUCUCAGUUAGAGGAAGAAUUCGUUAAACUAGGAGAAGAAAUUGAUAUAAAUACUGAGAAGAAAAAUCCGGAUGCCUAACACGAACUAGGCUGACUGCAGAACGCAAGUUUUACUACGGCUGUACCGUAAAUUCUCUUUACAAAGAGAGCGAGGAGAUGUAGAGCCACACUUCGAUUGAAGCUUAUAGGUUACAAUUCCUUCGACUCAGAAAAGUUCGUUUCACCCAGGUUUAGAACAGUAUUAAGAUUUCUCCACGUAUUUGAAAUUGUUGUGAUAGACGUUAGACGCAUGAUUGUUAAGGACAAACCACAAGCACAGAUUGCACAUCGUGGUAUCAUUUGAUGUUGCCAGUAGAAUAUUCCCGAGACACAAGGAUUCUUCGUGUUUCUUCAUCGUUAUGGUUGCUAGACCUUACAUUCCAGUGAACAUCGGAACAUCUGGCGAUGUUGUUAUAAGACAAGACACAAUCAGAAAUACGUCGGUGGUAUUUGCGGAACCAACUAACACCAAGUUUUGUUAAUUUUAAUGUGCACUUUAAAAUGUGCAUUUUAAGAGAAAAUGUGUACACAAACAGACGUCGAUCUGUGUUGAUGGGAGGUUUCUACUCUUAUAGAAAGUGCAAAUUCGUUGGACAGAAGAAACCGUUCUGAAAUCUCUUCGGCAAAAAAACCCUGAUGUGAUCAGGGUUCCGUUGCCAUGGGAAUAUCUGAAGUCUUGCCAGAGUUAAUUAGUACUAAUUUUGAAUGUGUCAUUGUUUCCCGUGUGGAAGCACGUUAAUUUUAUUUCCAAUUGAUUAAGUAAUUCUUGAAAACUAAAGCAGUCACUAAGUAUGAUUGUUUAACAUUCGUGCGUUUUAUUGUAUUGGUUUCAUGUGGACCUCUGAAAAAUAACUAUAGCACAUGGUUAUAAUACUUCCAGAAAAGAUUGGUUUGGAUAGAGUAUUCAGUUCAAGGCCAACGCUGCCUCCAAGAUUGGUUUGAGAUGAAUAAAUGUCCAGUCUACCAAAGCAAAAACCAUUCCAUGAAACUGUAAACAUCGCUCUUGAUUUAGAGCAAGAAGAUCUUGUAAAGAAAAGUUCUUGGUGUUGAGCUUAAGACAGAAUGAUGGAGCUCAUUAUGUAGUCAAAUAUUACAUGGGGGUUUCAUUUCCUUUUUGGUGCUCCAUGUCUCUUCAGCUUCUAACAUGCAGCUUACUGUAAUUUGCAUACACAGUUAUAUUUGGCUUUCGAUUUUUAUUUAAAUAUUUAUACCCUUGUAUAAUCCAUAUAUAUUUUCUCACUGCGAUAGGUGCAAGAGUAAUUAAGUUCUAUUUUUAUCGUGAUUCAUUUAUGUUACUUUCCAAUUCUCUCGGUUGUGACGAGGACAACUCAAUGUACAUUCGGGUAUCUAUUUUGUGGUUAUAACGUCCACAUUUUCUUUUAUUUAAGCAGCCCUUUAAAUGUGAGAGAAUGUUCUUUGGUGGUAUGAUAUUAAGUUAUCCUUUCUUAUUUUUUAACAGUGAUAUUUUGUAUACCAAGUGCUAUAUAUGUGUAAAUGAUAUUCCAGGUAGGUGUAAGUAAAGUGAACACAUCAGAGAAACCUUAACGUGUUCAUGACAGGGUUCACUGAACCUAUUCAUUGUCGUCCACAGUAUUCAUGAGUUUUUAUAUCAAAAUCAAACUAAUUAUCCGGAAAAGUUACGAAGGUCUUCGUCCGUCUUUUUCUCUUUGGGGGAAGGAAAGAUCCACCUUGUCGGCCUUUGUGGAAUCACGAGUG